UUGGUGACGUCAGCAGUAUGGCCGCCAUGUUGUAACUUAUGAGCUUGGACAGUAAACAAGGGCGAAAAAUGCUUUUAAUGCUCGUCCCCUGGGAGUGUCUAUGGAUUUUAAAUGGUGUAAUUCAUUAGAAAAAUGGUGUCUGUUAUCAUAUCUCGUCUAGUCAUAUUGGUGUUUGGAACACUUUACCCAGCGUAUGCUUCAUACAAAGCAGUGAGGACCAAAAAUGUGAAAGAAUAUGUGAAAUGGAUGAUGUACUGGAUUGUGUUUGCUCUGUUCUCGUGUGUGGAAACCUUCUCUGAUGUGUUCUUGUCAUGGCUUCCAUUUUAUUACGAAGUGAAGAUUGUGUUUGUGCUAUGGAUGCUUUCGCCAAUGACAAAGGGAUCCAGCUUCCUUUUCAAGAAAUUUGUUCACCCACAGCUGGCAAAACGGGAAAAGGACAUCGACGAGUUGAUUGUCCAAGCCAGCAAGCAAGGGUAUUCCACUCUACUCACCCUUGGAACAAGAGGGUUACAGUUUGCUUCCAAAACCAUUAUGCAAGCUACGCUCAGAGGUCAUGGGAAGCUGGUUGACCACAUACGACGGAGCUACAGCACCAGUGACCUGACUGAUGAUGGUCACUCGCUGGCUCAGAGGCACGUGUUUGAGGAAGAUGAUGAUGAUGAUGAGUUAGAUAACAGGUUACUAGAAGAUCAGCAGGAACUGGUGAGGCAAGGACGUCUAACUCGCAGCAAGGAUUCCAUUGAUUCAUCCAACAAACAUUCUCGGCUCAAGAAAAGUCAGAGCGCUGCCGCUGCUCUGUCAAGUGUGAAGGAAGUAGAGGAGGAAGAAGAGGAGGAAGUGACAGUGACAGAGGAGAUAAUGUUGUACCCAAACACACGCAAGCAGUACACAGCUAAAGAGGACUCUAACUAUGGAAGCAGCAUGAGCAGCACUGGUAGUCGCUAUAGCAACCUCAGCUACAGCAGCGGUGGCAGUGGUUAUGGAAGUAACUCUAGCUUACCUGACAAACUCCCAUCCAGCUACGGGAUCUCGGCUAACCUGUAUGACAAGAACUCACCAAGUUAUGGCAGCUCGUCGAGUCUACCGGAUAGGAAUCCAUAUGAUUCCUUCUAUGAUAACCGUUCCCUCAUGUACCGGUCGACCUCUAGUCUGUACGAGCGGACUCCGAGCUAUGGUGCUGGGUUGUAUGAUAAGAAGGCAAGACAGUACAGAAGUGGGACUGCAUUGUACGAUCGGACCAAGGAGAACACAGGGACCAUGGGGACCAUUCCUCGGUAUCGAGUGCGGUCCAAUUCAUGGACUCCAAGUGUGGGAUACCCAAAUUAUUCCUGGAAAUGCUGAUUGGUUUUUCUGAUCUAACGUGUUAUGGAGACAGGAAGAGAGCAAAGUAAGAUCGUCACAUAUGGCACCCUUCCACGAAACCGCGGUCGUCCAAAGGGCAGCACACGGAAGAGUGUCACCCAACCAGGAAUCUUCAAAUAGAGCCCGGACAGUGUCCAAUAAUAUCUCAGGAAGUUCCCACUUUCGUAACCAUAGCUUCGCAUCCCUACUGCUGAGAUGGAAUCCUUGUUGGAACGAUGACGAUAUUAUCGCCAUUUCUGUUGUCUUUCAUGUUUCUGCACAACAGCGGACACUGUGACCUUCACCUUGACCUUCACCUUGACCCAAGGUCAAGGUCAGGUCGUGAAUGGUCCAUGGACUGAAAAUGAUGACUCAAACUUUUGGAAUACCCUUGGCUUUCAUUCAAGAUCUCCAUUGAGAAUUUACAUUAUCUUUUAAGGUUGUAAAUAUAUCUUUCAUCAUAUAUGCAUUAAUAUUGUUGUAACUUAUCUCAAGUUGAACGUAAUUGCUUGUGUAACUUACUGCCUUUGAAACAACUACCAAAACCUUCCCUAAUAUCCCAUCAAGAAUUAUUUGUGGUGUGGUGUGUCUGGUUUAUCUCGAGGCAGUCGUCUUGAAAUGUAUAGCGUUUGUGGUGUUAAUCACUGAAGUCUAAUGUUUUGACUGAUAGUUGAAAACCCAACAACUGAAAAAUGGCCAUGAUAGUCGAUUUUUCUUAAUGUUGUUGCCAGAUCGUUGUUUAGCUGAUGACAGCUUUUAAUUCUCCCCCCACUUACAUUAACAGGACAAGGGUGUGGAAAUCUGAAAGAAAUAAUCGGUUCAUCAUCACUAAUGUUAUAUCACUAUGAAGAUUGCCAUGUCCAGAUUUCAUGUAUCUAAACUGGUCUUGAGUUUUCUAUUGCUUUUGUUUCACAAAUGGAUCUAGUUUUGACCAAAACUUUUAACAUUACAAAAAAAAUACAAAAAGUAUUAUUAUGUACUUAUUAUUUUUACAUUACAAAAAUAACAUACCAGGGCCUCUUUUCACAAAGCACUAAGGUGAUCGUUAGUCACUUAGGUAACCUAAGUGCAGUGUUAAAGAAUGGGAGUUAAGGUUGACCUUAGUAAAGGUUGCUUCGUGAAAGGAACCCCAGAGCACAUAGCAACUAAAUUCAAUGUACGAUUUAAGUACAAAAUUUUAUGUGUUGUGUGAUUCCCACAUGUCUGAAGCAUUACCAUGACCAAGACUUGAGUGUUUCCAUCCUUUGAUACAAUGGUAAAAUGUCCUUAAGGAUUGGGGAAAUUUUAAGAAGAAAUGGGAUGAAUUCCUCGGCAUUCGUACACUAAUUUGUGACAGUUGUUUUCAACCACAUGAUGGGUAGGAAAGGUUUGGUCAGUUAGGAUAUGGGAGAGUUCUUUAAAAACUCCCAGUGGUUGUUUCUAUUUGAACAAGUGCACAUUGGUUUUAUUCAACAGCUCUCUCGAUGAAAAUAAAUAUGCAAGAUGUGAGUAUGUUUGUGUUGUACAUCACAUAUUUAAAAAAAUUGAAUUUAUAAAAUAUGUAUAGAAAAUGUGAUGAUAAGAGAUAGUAUUGCCUCAAAAUUUUUGGUGAAAUAUUAAUGAAUUUCAAAAAGCAGGCAUGGAAAUAUGUAGAGAAACCACAUUUUGUCUUGAGAGUGAUUUUUAACAAAUUUCACAUUUCCCAUUCUCAAGUUUGGGUGGAAAAAGCGCCACUUACUCUUUUCAUUUUCUCAUCUCUGAACACAUGGUUUUAAUGUGACAGAACAUUUUAUCAUGUGGAGAUUAAUUCAUAAAGGGUGUCUGUACAUGCACUAACAAAUAUUUAGUCUCAUCUCAGUACGUACAACUAGAUUGCUCGGGUAAAGGGUAUGCUUUUAACUCUGUCUCACAUUGCUUGUCACAAGUCUUGCCUGUUCUCUGAAUGGAUGGAUGCACGCUGCCACUCCACACAAGGUUAUUGCUGGGCUCAACACUUCACAGAUGCAAGCACCAGGACUAUGGGAGACACAUCCUCAUCAGCACUCAUCAAUACUCAUCCUACUGUAAUGACUCCUACUUAUAUGCUUACAUCACUGCACCGUGUUUUAUUUUUUGACAAGGGACAAGAAUGGAACAAAACAGUCCUUAGAUGAUCCACGUAAUAGGUAUUGGAUUAGGCACAAUGUCCACAAGAUUUCAGCAUUUGCGUUUGUGAGGUUAUGAUAUUUACUAACAAUUGUAUAAAAUAAUAUUCAGUUUGUAUUUCUUUGAAAACGGAGAGGUUAAGAAAUUUAGUUGAAAUGUGUGGUGUGUGAUUGCUUAGAUUACCUCUGCCAGUAGAUUGUUUUCUCUAUUAAAGGUCUCGUACUUGUGUAGUUGAACAGUGUAAAAUGUAGGCAUGAAUGAGUGGAGAUUUGAAGUGUUUAAUUUCUGUAGUGUUUUGUGCAGGACUUGGACGUGUGAACCUGCAAUCAAACUUAUCUGAUCCCUGUACACAAAUCAAUCAAAUCAAUCACUUGAUUGAUCCAAACUCGUCUUACUACGGUCAGUCAAACUGUUUCUUAUCAUGUGCCAGGGUUAAUGACUCUAAUGGCUGUUCUCUCCAAUUUGUGAAUGUUUUAUUCAGACUGUAAAUCUUUCAACUGGUGCAAAUAUUUGCAAUUAUUUAUUUUCUAGGUCUCAGGCAUUCUGUAUUUUGUUCUCCAAACAUUCCACUGAAACUUCCUUAGUUUCACUCUCAUGGGUCUGUGCACUAUAUUUCGUCUGUUCUGUCCAUCUCAAGAAAGUUCAGAUUUGUGUAAUUCUAAGGGAAAAGAUUAUCUUUGGGUCCAUUCAGUCAAAUCAUGAUUUUUACAACAUUUCUGUUCGUUUUGUCCCAACUGUGGAGUUGUGAUGACCUCUGUAGGUUAAUUCCCCUCAGGUUUUUUGUGUUUGGGUUGUCUUUGUUUAUGUUAUGUUUUGACAAAAAAAAUAACCCUACUUAAGAUGGAGGUAAAGUGGAAUUUGUUGACAGGCAUUUGAUUUGUCACUUCCAUUCUGUAAUCUUCAGAUCAAAUCAAACAAAUGAAGCCACAAGUAGUCAGAAAAUGGAAGCCCUGAAAAUGGUUACUCUGUGGCAACUCAACGAAUAUUUUUUCUGUGAACAAAUUAGAUUUUAAGUUUGUCUUCACAUCUUACGUCUGUCCUAUUUGCAUAUUUCUUACAUUUUUUAGAUCGGUUUUUUUUUUCAUGUAAUUUUAAUUACCAUAUAUGGAAUGUAUUUGUAUCAGUUUGUCUGUGAAUCUGAACUUUAACUGAACCCUUGAAUAUAAACUGAUCAUGCUCCAAACAAAGGCUUUGAUAACAACCACACAACUGAUAUUCAGAAAACAGUACAUAUCAUAGAAUUAAUCAAUGCAAUUUUCAGUUUGGGUUGGGGUAAUUUAAUCCAGAAAGCAUAUAUUGUUUCUAAACCUUUAUUACGGAGUCUUGCAUAGUGUUAGUCGUAUGCUCAAGCUUUGCAUAAUAAUGUGAAACUCUAUCAGAUCUGAAUGACGUACAACUGGAAGCAGUAGACUGAGUUAACAGAAUGUUGUUUUAUGAAGCAAGCUCUUCACGGGUUGGGGUUGCUGAUGUUUAUAUCAUGUAUAUAGUAGAUGCAGCUGGUUGUGACUACAGGUAGUGAUAGUUAUUUUCGAAUAUAUUUGAUUUAUGAAUAAUGGUCAUUAUUAGUGUACUCAAAGAGCAUUAUCUUGUUUGAAGGGAGUUAUAGUUUUUAUUAGGAAUGUAUGGAAUAUUAAAGGAAUUUUUUAAUUUAUAUUGUAUUUCAUAAUAAUCACUUGAAUAUAGUGCUGUCAGCACUGUGAUUGUAAUAACUGCCAUAAUUGAUAUAGACCAAUAAUAGUCAAAGCGAUAUGAUGGCUUUGUAAAACACCUGUUACUGGUUUUAUGAACGGGAAGUCAGUUUCGAUAUUUGAAAACCAAACUGAAAAUUGAUCUUAAGUUGAGGAAUGCAUGUUUUAAAAUUAAGGAUGAAAGUCUACUGGUCCUUCUCAUAGUCAACAUGUAGAAGUGAUUUAGUGUUUCUAGACCUAAAAACUAGAGGAGAAAACAGAAAGGAGCCCAGGCAGCUCAUUAUUUCUAGCACUGGGUAUAAAACUGUACAUAUGCUACAAGAUGUGUCAAGAGAUGAUUGUGUAAACAGAUUCCGGUAAGUGUGCAUGCCAAUGGGAAAGGCAGUGGGGCAUUAUAUGCCGUCCGUGGCGCUGUAUGUGCCAUGUGUAGAUGAUGAUACACAACUAUUUAUGUUGGUGAUACAGAUCUUCACUAUUGUAAUUUGUUUUAAACUGGUUAUAGAUGUCAGGUUGCAAGGUAAGGAUGUACCUGUUUGACCGUUGUCCAUGUUGGAAAUCUGCUUGUUAUGCACUAAUCAAUUAGCCUGUUUUAGACUGAUGAUAUACAAGGUAGAUUAACACAGCACUUCAGAUAGAAUGGUAAUUAUAUUGCUCUAAUUAGUACACAUAUCUUUUUAAACCCAAGAUUAGUCUGAAACAAAUCGUAACUUUCAGUACAUUUUUGUUUACCAAAACAACUGAAAUCUUCAUAAGCACAAACACAUGUACAAAUCCACUAACAGUCAAUGUUGAAUGUGUUGAUGUGCUACAAAUAUAUGCUGGAGUGAGAUGGACAUCUUGUCUGGAGUGCUGUGUUGAGCUACCUGGAAGUUGACCGAGCCACUAAACCACGUUAUGCUGAGCCUGGACGGGCCAGGUGUGUUGUUCUGACUUGUGCCUCCCUCCCUGACUUCCAGCCCCCGGCGGUGCUGCUGUUAUACAUUGGUUAGCUGUUCAGUUAUCAUGUGAUAUUGAGGGUGUUCAGGUGUACAUAUGUGGUGUAGAGCUAUAUUUUCCCAUGAUCAUGUUUUAUAAGGUGCUUGAACAGCCAAACGUUCAAUAAAAAAUAUGACUUUUUA